AUGAUGUUGGACAUGAAAAGAGAAAUGCCACUACCGCAGCCAGGAAAAACGGUAUCAACACAAAUGAUAAAGAAUGAAUUGCAUAAUUUGGCCACCACUUCAGCAAACAUAAAAGAAAUGUUGGAUGACAGUCGACCACAUGAGAGGAAAUGUGAAACUAAAAUCCAUAUAGUCCUUACGAUGGCAAAUGAAUUUUGUGCGGGCACGACGAUUCAUGGAGUGCGAUAUUUUGCGGAAAAGAAGCGCCAUUGGAUUGAAAGAGUUGUGCCAGACUUAUUGACGGUACAACGUAAUCCGAAUGCAACUCACUGGAAUGUGGAAGAUGGCUACAAUCCAAAUGUUAACGACAGUCAAUUAUAUCCAUAUCGUAUAUUUGGCGUCGGUUUUGAUGGUAUGAUUGGAAUUAAUUUGGACAGUUAUUCCGAUGAUUUUUACGAAUUUUGUGCGGAAGAUGCACAAGGAUUUCGCAUUGCUCUGCAUUCACCCGAUCGAUUUCCACGAUCCAGCGAUUUCAUUCAUAUUCCAUUCAACCAAGUUGCAUUCUUUUCCAUUAAACCAAAUCUGAUCUCGACAUCGAACGGACUGCGGAGCUAUUCGCCAAGAGAAAGAGGUUGUUUCUUCAGAGCCGAACCUUUGUGA